AUGGUAGAAACAAUAUCCCUUGAUCGAGCAAGUAAAUACAAACGAUUGUAUUAUUUUUUAAUCAAUAUAAAUCUUUAUAAUGAUAACGAGGCAUCAUCUCUUAUUGAUCAAUUACUCGCUACAAGAAUUUUUCUUUUUUUAUUGGUCAUCACUCUCAGUACAGUUAUUAUUUUCACUACUUUCAAUGUUCAAACAAAUACUGUAACUAUUGAGUCACCAACUGAAAUUAUUUUUGAACAACUUUCUACUCAAUAUUCAACAACACUUUCAUGUCCAUGUACAAAAAGUUCAAUUCGUCAUGAUCAAUUUAUUUUAUUGGAUCUAUACUAUCAUCCAAUAUGUACAAGUCAAUUUGUUAAUCAAACAUUCAUUUCAUCAUUAUCUGAUUACAAGAUGAGUGAAUAUUAUCCGUUAGAUUAUCGUAUUAUGAUAGUAUCUCAUUUUCAAGUAGUUGCUCUACUUUGUCGAACAAUAACACAAAUGGUAUCAGAUGCAUUCGAAGAGUUUGCUACUAGAUACAUGAUCACCAAUAAAGCUUUAUCACAUAGUAUAUUAUAUGCUCAAGUAACAUCACUUGUAGAACAAUUAAAAGCAACAACUAUUGCUAAUAUCAAACAUAUAAAUGAUUUUCUUUGGUUUAAUAUUUUUCAAAAUCAAAUUCAUUCAGGAUUACGGACGAAUUAUUUUAUUCAAGUUAUACCUGGAGCUCCAACUCAAAAAUUCAUCAUAUCAAAAUAUAGAACUUUGAAUAAAGCGUGUUCUUGUUCAUCAAGCAAUAUUUGUGUACAUCAAGCUGGCAUUUACAAUUGGACAGGACGUGGAGGCGUAAACACUUCGACUAUUUUUGGAGAUUUAACUAUUGAUCCACCAUUAUUAUUAACAAUACCUGGUAUUAUGGUUGGAUGUCUACCAUACAAUUCAUUAUUUGAAUCAACAUUAGAAUGUUUCUAUAAUCAAUCAUGUAUUGAUCAGGUUCAACUAUUUAUCAAUGAAUUAUUAUUAGUUACACCACUUUCAUCAUCCCGUUUCGAACAAAAUACAACAGUGAUUGAUCUAUUUGAUGACUUAUUUAUUGAAUUAUGGAUUCAAAAGAUUAACUUUACUGAUUAUUUUCAAGUUUGUUCUCCACAUUCAUGUUUAUAUUCAUAUGAUCGGCGAUUUAAUCUACUUUAUAUUAUUGUUACUAUUAUUAGUCUUUUUGGUGGUCUAAAAACAAUUUUGUACUUCUCUACACCUUCAAUAGUCAUGCUUAUACGACAAAUUCCUAAGUUUAAUACUGUUCACAAUACAGAUAAUGAAAUACCAACGACAAAUCAAAUAGAUACAAAUGAAACUUUAAAACAUCGUUUUAUUUUCUAUGUAAGUAAAGUUUUUCAGAAAGUACUAAAAUUAAAUAUGUUUCCAUUAUCAUCUGACAUUAAUGAUGGAAUUUAUUCAACACGUAUUUAUAUCUUAUUAUUUCUUACUGGAAUACUCAUCUCAGUUUUCUAUUCAUCUAUUACUGUUCGAAUUCGAAAUAAUAAUGUGUAUCAACUGUCAUUGAAUGAAUAUGAACGAUUAUAUACAAAAUAUCCAUCAACACUUCACUGUCUGUGUACUCGUAUUUCUGUACCUUAUUCAUCGAUCAUACAUAUAAAACCUUAUUAUCAUCAAGUGUGUUCAAGUGAUUUAAUCAAAAAUGACGCAUGGUUGCUUUAUUUUCGUGGAUUAAGUGGUGCUUUCUACAAUAUGGAUUUUCGUGCUCGAGGCUCUAAAAUAUUCUCUAUACUUCAAGCAUUAUGUAAGAUGUCAAAUGAAACCGUAACAAAUGAACUUGCUGUGUUCAAUGAUUUACAAUUUGUCAGUGCUCAUGUAUUGACAAAUAAUACAUUUCACACACGAGCAUCUACACUUAUUCAACAAUUUCAACAGCAGACUCUGGCUUCUUUUCUCGACUUAUUUGAACUUGUUCGAACUUCAAUUCAAUUAAAUCAAUUUAUUGUUUUUGAUAUCAGUAAUGCUAGACUAUUUAAAACAUUGGCUAAUAAUAAUGAUUCAUUUCGUUUUGUGGCAAGAAAUGAUUGGAACAAUAAUUGUUCAUGUGGCACUAGUGUUUCUUGUGUCCGUUCCGAAGGAUUUUAUUGUAGAACAACACCUUGUUUUUUCACUUCAUCUAAACCAAAUAAAACGAUACCGGGUUUGGUUGCAAGUUGUCUACUUGUUGAUUCUCUUCUUUCAUCUUCACUUGAAUGCUUUUAUAAUAAAUCAUGUCUUCAAAUGCUUAUUGAAUGGCAUUCAUUUGGAUCAUCUAAUGUUACAAUAGAUCCUCGUGUUGCCAAUAUUACUCUACUUGAUUCAACGGUUAAUAGUCGUUUUUUUCCUGAUACGAAAUUGACUAAUAUUGUUUCACAAUUAUUUAUUGAAGAUUGGACAAGUUCUACUAAUUUUAGUUUCUAUUAUAAUCAAUGUGCACCAGAUGAAUGUACUUAUACCUAUGAAGAACGUUUUAAUAGAGCUUAUAUUAUUGCAACUAUACUUGGUAUAGGCGGUGGUCUUUCUAUUGCACUUCGAAUAUUAAUUUUACCUGUUGUGAAAAUACUUCGACGAUUGUAUCAUUAUUAUUGCAGGCAUCAUAAAUCUGCUCCAAGAGAAUGCUUCGUGACAACAGCACUUGUUGUUAUAAUAACUUUUACUGGAUUAAAUUCACAGAUACAUUUCAUGACGGUAUCGUCUCCAUCAGAAUUAAUAUUUGAACAAUUAUAUACUCAAUAUUCAUCAUCAUUAUCAUGUCCAUGUUCACAAAUAGCAAUUCAAUAUUCAAUAUUUCUUUCUGUCAAACCAAUUGCUUAUAAUCAAGUAUGUUCAAGUUAUUUUAUCUCAUCAGAUUUUAUUGAGUUACUAUGGAGCACUGAAUUAUAUGAUAGUUAUUAUUGGAAUGCAGACAUGAAAAUAUUAAGUACACAAUUUCGUCUUUUAGCAUCACUGUGUUUUCUUGCAAAAAAUGUAAUUGAACAAAAGAUUGAAAUAUUUUCUUCACGAGAAUUUAUUAGUGUUGACGCAUUAACACGUCGUUCUUUUCAACCUCAAAUAGAUUCUAUUAUUGAUAAUUUUAUUGAUCAAGUACCAGCUAGUUUUCGACGAAUACAUAACUAUAUUAUAGAAGUAUUUCAUGUUAAUCAACUACAUAAUAUAUUCUAUACAAAUUGGAAUCUUGCUGUAUCUACUCUUAAUGAUAAUUAUAUUAUGUCAACACGUCCAAUAUCAUAUAAUAAUAGUAAUAGUUGGUGUUCAUGUGCAACUAUGUCAACAUGUUCAAGAUCUCUUUUGACUAACAAUAACAAGACAGAAAUAUUGUCAGGUAAAAUUUUUAGUGACAACAAUAAUUUAUUGUUAUAA